AUGUCUAACAUGGUUACGCAAACAGUAUUUCAUCAACAUGCUUUGCCCAACACCGUUUAUCAUGCGUUAUACGGCUAUUACUUCCUGGGAAUAUCCAGAACGAAACUUGCACAAAUAUACGGAGAAUCGAAAUCAACUAUAGGUAAUUAAGACUGAUUUUGACCCUGGAACUCUUCAAUCGAGAACCCAUACUGUUUUGAAUGAAGCGAAACAUAGAUUCUACCAAAAGUUUUUCGUUUCCAUCAGUGCAUCAUUCUUCAUGAAGCAGGCAUGACGUGGAAAUGUAUUGAGCGAAGAGCCAUACAAAUUUGGGAGGAUGAAAUUACGAGGUUCGUUCGAGAGUUAUUAUCCAUUCCUUGGGAUCUCAGUAAUCUCGUUUUCUUGGACGAAGUAAGCUUCGACAAUCGCGAAAUGCUGCGCAAAAAGGGAUAUGGUGUGGUAGGGAAAAAAGUUAUUUUUCGCGGCGACUUCUGCAGAAAACCACGAGUAUCGUUCCUGUGUUUUCUCGGCGUUGGUGGAAUGAAUGACAGUUUCUGGACCGAUGGAACUUUCAACAGAUUAAAGUUUUAUUGUUGCCGAAAGUUUGCCCUGAUGAAUAAAGAGGUACAUGAAUAUCCAGGUUUACACUCUAUCUGGAUUAUGGACGGUGCAAGGAUCCAUUGUGAUGCAAAUAUGAUACGCUACCUUCGAUCAAUUGGCAUAAUUCCGAUAUUUUUACCACCGUACUGUCCAUUUUUUAAUCCAAUCGAGAUUGCAUUUGGACUCAUAAGGCGAUUAUUGAGAAAAGAGCAUCUUGAAGGUUCUCCGAUUCUCUCUGAUAUUUGUGAUGUAGUUACCCGUUUCAGAAUAUUCCCAGCGACAAAAAUUUUUGAGCACUGUGGUUACCUUCCGGGUGGUACAUUUCUGCCAAAGAAUGGAUUGCGUCAUGAAAUAAUUAGACAAUUUUUCUAUAUUCAAACUUAUUCAGCCAUAAUGGCGAACGCUAGUUAG